AAAAAUAUUAUGUCAACGUCAAGAUGUACUCAACAAAUCAGAAAUCCAAAUUAUAAAUGGUGAUGUCGAUCUUAUAAUCAUUUGCAAUAAAGACUUAAUACUUACAGCUAUAAACAUGGGAGUAUCUUUCCUGAAAGACACGGAAAAUAUCAGGGUCAAAGAAGAGGUUGAAGGCGAAAUAAAAAUGAUCAACUGUGGCUUUCACAGUGGUGCUGUAUACAAGGCGUGUAGUUACCCUAAAUGCACUAAAACUACUGCAGCAAAGAAAGUUAAACCUAGGUUAAACAUUACAAAAUAUGACAAAUUUUCGUGGACAAAGAUUUAUCGAUCACCAGAACUAGUAGAAAAACGCAACAGUAAUGAAUGUACAACCGAGUCAAAUGAAACAACUUCAAAGAUAUGUAAUAAAAUGCAAGAAGAGAAAGUAGAACCAAUCCUCGAACAGUCAACAGCGAUACAAGUGAAUACACAAACUUCAAUAGCAUCAAUCCUGAAAUCGAAGUCAAAGUUAACUAUACAUAAGAGAAGAACAAUAAUGCCAUACUUAUUAUGUCCAUGUUGCAGCGGUGAAGAUGAUAAAUUAGAAACUAAUGAUAUGCCGUAUAACAGGCAGGAUGCAACGGAUUCUUAUGAAAGUAUCGAACUACAUACUAACUCUAACAACUUACCACCACUCGAUUUAGAAGCUUCUCUUAUGAGUAUCAUGUACUUACAAAGAAACAAAAAUAAAACUCUUAAAAAGUACCCAAAAAUUAUAAGAGCUAUGAUGCGAAAUACAUACAAAAACUUCAUUUGCGUUUUCAGUUCUAAUUUUGGAAUUAACAAGAAUAUGUAAAACUGAAAGUACAGGAGAAUAACCCAAAUUACUCAACAGAAUUUUCACAUAACACUUUCAUACUUUUACUUGAAUCCAUAAAUAAGUACCUACUUGAGUUUUAGCAGGAAUAGAACGUAAAGAAGAAAUUAAUGACAAUGCCAACGCAUCCAUCAUUUUUCAAUGUCAAAUUCAAGCAUUUUAAACGAUUAAACAAAAACAAUUAAAAUUUACCAUGAUGCCUUCUAACAAUAAUUUUUUAGAGCAGCCAUAAAAUUAAGCAUAAAGCAAGAGAAAUCACACACUUCCAUUAUGGCGGUUCUUGACUGUUUUUGAUAUACCCAGCCAUACACCUCAUAUCAUAAAAAUUGUGCAUUUCCUCUGGAUUAGCUCAAGUGUUUUGAGAUUACCUUUGAACAGUCAUGGUAGCAACCACAACAGUUUUAAGAUCAUCACCCGCCGAAUGCAGAGGAUGCGAAUACAGCCGUGCGCGCAGACGUCCGAGUCAAAGGCGAAACCGAUGCAUUGAUAAAUUCUGCCGUUUUUGUAAAUAUAUAUUCUGCUGUGGUUGUUGUAAAAAGAAAAGAAAAAGAAGACCAUCUAAAUCAACAAGAAGAGGGCGAAGUAUAGAAUGUGCGAAACGAGGCAAAGAGUCCAGAAAUAGAAAGGAUGAAAGGCUUACUUCAAAUAAAAAUGGAAACGAAUUACAAACGUAUUACAGCAGCGUGAAGCCAAAUUCAACGUUAAUCAAACCUACACAUGACGUACAGGGAACUUCCUCAAAACCGUAUUUUAAACAAAGAUGCAACAUUAAUAAAAACAAACAAAUAAUCGGUCAACGAUCUGCAAAACAUGGUAAAGAUGGCGCUAAUAUAUUAAAGCAGAAAUUGCUCAAGUUAAAGGAAUCGGGUCGGGUUCGCCAUGUCGGGGUAUCCAAUAUGAACGAGGAGCAGCUAAGCAGAUUGUGCGCAGUGGAGAAACCGGCUUGCUUACAAGUGGAAGUCCAUGUCCUGUGCCAACAGAAACAAUUGAUCGCAGCUGCCAAUCGGCUUGGGAUACCGAUCGUGGCAUACUCUCCCUUGGGAUCUAAGGAGUUGGCCGAUGCCUUAGCUGCUAAGACAGGACGUGACUAUCCUAAUCUUCUGGAGUUGCCGACGGUGCUGAAAAUCGCAAAAGCGCAUUCUCGUACGCCAGCGCAAGUGCUGUUAAGAUACUUACUACAACACGGAGUAGCUUGCAUCCCGAAAAGCACCAGCCCUUCAAGAAUUAAGGAGAAUAUCUCUCUUUGGGACUUCGAGCUAACCAAAAAUGAAAUGCAAGAGUUGGCAGCACUAGACCGAGGGGAAAACGGACGCAUCUGUGACUUUGCAUUUUUUGUCGGCGCAGAGAAACACCCCGAAUUUCCUUUUAAGAAAUAAAGUUAAAUUUCAUGUCAAUACCUAAAUAAAUUCAAGUGAAGACGAUAAUGUUAAUUGCAAGGCUAAUUUUGACGUAUUUAUAACUUACUUUAAGGAAAAGGCGUUUUAUUUUGUUAAUUAAGUAAGUAUAUAAAUUAUUUACGAAUUGA